UGUUUCUUAGCUAGAGAUACGUAUCAUCCUCUACGCGGCUGGAGAAAUUUCGCAUAAAUUAUUCUGAUAAGGUUAGGGGCGGGGCUGCGCAUAGAUUAGGCAAAUGAGCUGGGGAGGGAGGGGAGGCCGGCUACGAAUUAGCCUAAGUUAUUAAAGAUGGCGGCGGAGCGGAGUCGCUUCCCGAUGGACUCGCCGGUCCCUGCCUCUAUGUUCGCCCCCGAGCCCAGCUCUCCGGGGGCGGCCAGGGCCGCGGCGGCUGCCGCCCGGCUCCACGGCGGCUUCGACUCGGACUGCAGCGAGGACGGCGAGGCGCUCAACGGCGAACCGGAGCUGGACCUCACCAGCAAGCUGGUUCUAGUGAGCCCUACAUCAGAGCAGUAUGACAGCCUACUUCGGCAAAUGUGGGAGAGGAUGGACGAGGGAUGCGGAGAGACCAUAUAUGUCAUUGGGCAGGGAUCAGAUGGGACUGAGUACGGGCUGAGUGAAGCUGACAUGGAGGCCUCCUAUGCCACGGUGAAGAGCAUGGCAGAACAAAUAGAGGCCGAUGUCAUCCUCCUCCGGGAACGUCAAGAAGCUGGGGGCCGUGUGCGCGAUUACCUGGUCCGGAAGCGAGUAGGAGACAAUGACUUCCUGGAAGUCAGGGUAGCGGUAGUGGGCAACGUGGAUGCCGGCAAAAGCACGCUUCUGGGGGUCCUGACCCACGGGGAGCUGGACAAUGGCAGAGGCUUCGCCCGCCAGAAGCUCUUCCGCCACAAACACGAGAUUGAAUCUGGUCGCACCAGCAGUGUCGGCAACGACAUUCUGGGCUUUGACAGUGAAGGCAAUGUGGUAAACAAGCCAGACAGCCAUGGUGGCAGCCUGGAGUGGACAAGGAUCUGUGAGAAAUCCACUAAGGUGAUCACGUUCAUCGACUUGGCCGGCCACGAGAAGUACCUGAAGACCACUGUCUUCGGCAUGACCGGCCAUCUGCCUGACUUCUGCAUGCUUAUGGUGGGCAGCAAUGCUGGCAUCGUGGGGAUGACGAAGGAGCACCUGGGCUUGGCAUUGGCACUCAAUGUGCCUGUCUUUGUUGUGGUCACCAAGAUUGACAUGUGUCCUGCCAACAUCCUGCAAGAAACCCUGAAGCUGUUACAGCGCCUGCUGAAGUCGCCUGGCUGCCGCAAGAUCCCUGUGUUGGUGCAGAGCAAGGAUGAUGUGAUUGUUACAGCCUCCAACUUCAGCUCUGAGAGGAUGUGCCCGAUAUUCCAAAUCUCCAACGUUACAGGCGAGAACCUAGAUCUGCUGAAGAUGUUCCUCAACCUGCUGUCCCCUCGCACCAGUUACCGGGAGGAAGAGCCUGCUGAGUUUCAGAUUGACGACACCUACUCUGUCCCGGGUGUGGGAACAGUGGUGUCAGGGACAACACUGAGGGGCCUGAUCAAGCUGAAUGACACGCUGCUGCUGGGCCCAGAUCCUUUGGGUAACUUCCUGUCCAUUGCUGUCAAAUCGAUCCAUCGCAAGCGCAUGCCUGUCAAGGAGGUGCGGGGGGGCCAGACGGCCUCCUUCGCACUGAAGAAGAUCAAGCGCUCGUCCAUCCGGAAGGGCAUGGUGAUGGUUUCUCCACGCUUGAAUCCCCAAGCAUCCUGGGAGUUCGAGGCCGAGAUCCUUGUCCUUCACCACCCCACCACAAUCAGCCCGCGGUACCAGGCCAUGGUGCACUGUGGGAGCAUCAGGCAGACAGCCACCAUCCUGAGCAUGGACAAGGACUGUCUGCGCACCGGGGACAAGGCCACCGUGCAUUUCCGCUUUAUCAAGACCCCCGAGUACCUGCACAUAGACCAGCGGCUGGUGUUCCGGGAAGGCCGCACCAAGGCUGUAGGCACCAUCACUAAGCUCCUCCAGACCACCAACAAUUCCCCAAUGAACUCCAAGCCCCAGCAGAUUAAAAUGCAAUCGACGAAAAAGGGUCCCCUGCCCAAACGAGAAGAGGGAGGUCCCUCUGGAGGGCCAGCAGUAGGGGCACCCCCAACUGGAGAUGAAGCUUGCUCUCUAGCGGCUGCGCAGCCAGCUGCGUCCGGCAGUCUCCAGCCACAGCCCAAGCCCGGCAGCGGGGGCCGGCGACGGGGGGGCCAGCGUCACAAGGUGAAGUCCCAGGGGGCCUGCCUGACUCCCGCCAGCGGCUGCUGAAUCUCCCCCAGCCCACCUCCACCACCCAAGGGAUCCUCGUUCUCUGGCCACCACUCCACCAGAUGGGCCAGAGCAACUCUGACCACCGCUCGCCCUUCCCCAGGCCGCACCCGGAGCCUCGCCAUACCCCCCACCCCCGUUUUGCAGGGGGCCGUGUAAUUUAUAAGCUGAGGAAGGUGGCCAGACUUCCGGAGGACUCACCGUCUCCAGCUCUCUUCCCCGCCUUCUUCCUCACUCACACCUUUUUUGUACAUCUGGGCCCUUAGUUUUUAUUCUUUUUAUUAUCUAUCUAGUGUGCGUGUGCGUGUGCGUGUGUGUGGGCGUGUGAGGUGCAGGAGUGCGGCCGGUCAGGGCCUGGCAGUCUUUCCCCUUUCUCCUCUGUGGCUGGCCCCCAGCCUCCGGGAGCUAGCUGGCUGCCUGUCUGUCCGUGCGUUCGUGUGUCUCUGUGAGAACCUUUCAGGGCUGUCAGGAGCCGAAGCGCGCCCUCCUUCCCUGUGCUCACUCUCCAGUGCGCCUGGAGCCUCGCCACAGAGCCGCCUCCAGGCUGAGGGGCGUCCAGGGGAAGUUGCUGCUGCCAGAGCAGGGGCCGUCCUUCUGUGACUUGGGGAUCUCAGCAGAGUGGAGAGCGGUGGUUCCCCUUUUCUCUUUCUCCCUCUUGUUUCCCUUAAACCCCCAAACAGGUAAUGCCAAAAGCUCUUAGGCUGUAACUGUAGACGUGUGGAGGGUGUUGGUGACUGAGUUGUAGGACCCUCCUUGCCCCUCUGACCUUGCCACUGACCUGAAGACAGCUGUGGCUCUUCUUUCCCCUUGGAGACAAUCCUGUGUUUGCCUGGCUGGCUGGGGUGACUCCUCUUCUGCUGAGUCUGCCGAGCUGGGGCUCUCACCUCGCCCUGGGGCCGCCUCCUGCUUGGACUUUGACUCUGAUUCUUGUUGGGCCUCAGGGCACUGAUGAUCGGGCCUGGGGUCCGCCUGCUCAGGGUCACAGUCAACAGCACCUCCUGUUGGCGGGGGUGCCAGGUGUUCCUCUGAGCCAGGCCGGGACUGGAACCCCUCCUUCCCUGCCACAUCGCCCCAGCAUGGCUGCUACAGGAGCCCAGCAGUGAAGGGCCUGAGCCCCAGAUUUGGACGCUCCAACUGGGGUACGGGGAGAGCAGGAAGGAGGUAGUAAAAAAGAUUCUUCCAGAGCCAGCUCAGAGCAUUAAGCCCUUUGGAAGAAUCGUUGCCAGGGGUGGGGGUGGUGUUGCCCAGGCCAGAGAUGGUAGCAUGGGCCCCGAACCAGCCUGCUCGGAGCUGUGGACUGAAGCCCUCUCUUUAGGGUGGACUGAUGGGCAGAGAUAUGUUCUUUCUCUAGCCUGGGACACCCAACUGGCUGGGUCCUUCCUCAGCCUCACCUCCCUUCCAUCCCCAACCCUUCGCCGCCACUCCUGCCUCCGGACUGCUGCUCCCCUCUCUUCCCUUCCUGACUGUUUCUAGUUACCACUGACCUGUGGCCAUGGACCGACCAAACCAGCAACACAAAAUAAAAGUUUGUUCCAA